AUGGACCCAAAUUUUGAGGGCCGGGUGCUGGUUAUCGCCAACCGGCUACCUAUCACCAUCAAGCCUGAUGCCGAGGGCAAUUUUGAGUACACCAUGUCUUCAGGGGGCCUGGUCUCCGGAUUGAGAAGUCUGGCGAAAGUGGUCGACUUCAAGUGGUUUGGGUGGCCUGGACUUGACGUCCACCGCAACGAUAAAGACCGGGUCAGGAGUCAACUGCAUGACCAAUUCAACGCGGUUCCGAUCUUCCUGGCCGAGGAACUCGCCCAGAAACACUACAAUGGGUUUUCCAAUUCUGUGCUUUGGCCGCUACUGCAUCGCAUGCCUGAGAAAGUCGGGACGGAAGGAAGCUGGGCAGCUGCAUAUCGUGAAGUCAAUGAAAUCUUCGCCGACAACAUCGUUCCAUAUGUGGAAGACGGCGACCUCAUCUGGGUGCACGAUUACCACUUGAUGCUUCUCCCCGGGAUCCUGCGCGAGCGGUUAAGCAAGAAAAAGGACCUCCGCAUCGGCUUCUUCUUGCACACGCCUUUCCCGAGUGAAGAUUACUUCACCAUCCUGCCGUUCCGAGAGGAGAUCUGCCGCAGCCUGCUCCUCUGCGACGUGAUUGGAUUUCACACGAACGAGUACGCGAUGGACUUUCUCAACAGUGCGCGGACAGUUCUCAAAGACGUUGCUAAAUCUCCACAAGACCUGCAUUGGGAAGGAAGGAGAGUUAUCCUUCACGGAUUCCCUAUCGGCAUUGAACCCGAGGAGUUCACCCAGAAGGCCGAGUCGGAGGAAGUCCAGAAGGAGAUCGCAAACUUACAAAAGGAAUUCCGGGGCCAGAAAAUCCUCCUCGGAGUGGAUCGAUUGGACUAUAUCAAAGGCAUCCCUCAAAAGGUAAUGGCCUUUGACCGGUUCUUGACCGAGCACCCAGAAUGGGUGGGGAAGGUCACAAUGAUCCAAUUAGCCAUCCCGACACGAGCGGAUGUCCCUACUUACCAGAAGUUGAGAGAGGAGGUUGAGCGGCUGAUCGGCCAUGUCAAUGGCAAACAUGGCACCUUCACUCACACCCCGAUCCACUACUUGUACAAAUCCUUGAAGCCGGAAACGCUUUCUGCAUUGUAUGCUGUGUCCGACGUGUGCAUCAUCUCAUCACUCCGAGACGGCCUGAACAUGGUGAGUUACGAGUAUGUUGCAAGCCAGGCGCAACGCAAGGGCGUCUUGGUGAUGUCCAACUAUGCUGGAGCUGUCAAACUGCUUCCUGCGUGCGUGGUCAUCAACCCCUGGGACAUUCCACGGUUCGCCGAGACCAUCGGAGAGGUGUUGGACAUGCCACCGGAGGAGCGAGCACGACGACAUGAGGAGAACUUUAAUGUGGUGAACAGAUGGACCAGUGUCAACUGGGGAACCUCAUUCCUCAACACCAUGAUCAGAUUGGAGAUCCCGGAAGAUGAAUCGCCGCCAGACCGUGACGAGCUUGGUCCGUCGGAGGUUGACGACCGAGAAACGGGAUCAAAAUCAUAG